AUGGUGGAGAUCUGUAAAAACUGCUGGAUUUACGACGAGGACGAUCAUAAAGUACUAGACUCCGUAUAUUCGUCAAAACGAAGAACCGGAAAACAUUUUCAUCGCACUUCACUCUUAAUCAAAGCAUUCAACCAUAAGUUUAGACUGGAUUUGGAAUUAAACACGCAACUUUUGGCACCUAACAUCAUGCAGAAGCAUUUUUUAGCUAAUGGAGCAGAACAAGUUUCUAAGCAGGAAAUUGAACACUGUUACUAUCACGGUACGGUUCAGGACUAUCCUGGAGCAACAGCAGCUUUCCAAACUUGUAAUGGGGUGAGCGGAAUUAUUCACGUUGGGAAUGAAACAUUUGUCAUACACCCUUUCCAUGGAGGCGACCUUUCGCAGAAACAUCCACACCUGAUAUUCGAAGCUAGAACAAAUGUAAGCAAAGGAUGCGCCAAUUCAGGAAAUAUGGCAUGGAGGCUUAACGCGCAUGCAGGCUUUUUUCCAACUUCACUCUACGGAAGGUUCAAAAGAGAUGUCCGAGAAGCCACCAAAUACAUUGAAACUGCUCUUGUCAUUGACAAAGCUAUGUUUGAGAAGCGCAAUGGAAGCACCAGAACAGAAGUUGUGCAAGAUUCUAUCCAAGUCGCCAAUAUAGCCGAUCUUUAUUUUCGGACACUUAAUACGCGCGUGUCUGUUGUUUACAUUGAAACGUGGCAAGGUGGUAAUCAGAUCCAAAUCGAUCGGACUCAAGACAUUAGUCGUGCUUUAUCGAACUUUAACGAUUACACCUCGCGAAAGUUGUUUAAAGUAGACAAAGACACAACUCAGUUAUUGACGGGGGAAGCAUUUCUGGGUGGCGAGGCGGGAAUGGCUGUUCCGGGAACAGUAUGUACUGCUAAAAGUGUUGGAAUUAGUGUAGAUAUUAACACGUAUGAGCCUCAUCUUUUGGCGGGCACUAUGGCUCACAUGAUUGGUCAUAAUAUCGGAAUGGGACAUGAUGAUGGAAGGGAAGAAUGCUACUGUAGGGACUGGCAUGGAUGCAUUAUGGCUCAGGCUAUCGUUGGCUUGGAUAAUGUGCAACCAUACAAGUUCUCAGAGUGCAGUAGAUCGGAUUAUAUCGACAGAUUGCGUACAGGAAAUGGAAUUUGCUUGUUAAAUAAGCCAAAUGAGUUGGAGGUGCGACGGACGUGCGGCAAUCGUAUGGUAGAAGAAGGAGAGGAAUGUGACUGUGGAACAAUAGACGAGUGUCCUACUGUUGAUCCCUGUUGCGAUCCUAUCACCUGCAAAUUAACCACGGAAGCAGAAUGCGCUUCCGGACCGUGCUGUGAUACAUGUAAGCUGAAAGAGAGGGGUGUUUUGUGUAGGGAUGCAAAAACCGAAUGUGAUCUACCGGAACAUUGCACUGGAGAAUCAGGGGAUUGUCCAAUAGAUGUACAUAAGAAAAACGGAAAUCCGUGCGGGGACAAUACAGGGUUUUGCUUUAAUGGCGUCUGUCCAACAUUGGCGAUCCAAUGUGAACAAAUUUGGGGCUAUAGUUCCGAAGCUUCCGAUUUACAUUGUUUCCGAGAAUUCAACACGAAAGGGGCAGCAGACGGGCAUUGUGGUAAAAGUGCAAACGGAAAUUUUAUUAGAUGUUCUCCCGAGAACGUGUUAUGUGGGUCACUACAGUGUCAAAACGGAAACAGGCAUCCUAUCAUCAAGGAACUCAAGCAAACGUAUUUUCAAACGGUAGCUACGUAUAAAGGAAAGGAAUUCGAAUGCAAAACAAUCAGCGGAAUCGUAAAAGAAAGUGACCUUCCUCCAUUUGGUUUAGUACGGGACGGGACGCCGUGUGGUGAAAACCUUAUUUGCCUUAAUCAAACUUGCUCCAGCAUCUUUCCACAUCUCGAUCAAAAUAAGUGCCCUAGUAAUCAUAAAAAUUUAGAGUGUUCAGGACAUGGGCAUUGCACCAACAUGAACAAGUGCUACUGUGAAGAUGGAUGGAGUGGACCUGAUUGUUCUAUUCAGGUAGAAGUAGAUAUGAUGGAACAUCAACAUACAACGCCUCAUCCAGACCGACCAAAACCGAUAGGAAAUUUGGCGGAUAUAAUGAAAAAGAAGGAGACACCCUACGAGGAUUAUCACGGGUCGAACACGAUAUUUCUCGUGGGUACUCUCAUGUCGGUGGUGGGGGGCGUAUUCAUAGUGUUCACUUCGGCUGCACUAUGCUACAGGUCAGUCGUAGUACACAAAAACUUCUCGCUCUGCCUCAGGAAGACAACUGUUCGAAAGUAUAGAGAUUCCUUGAAAACUGUCCCGAAAAAGUAUUCUGUUGCUGAUAAUCAAGAAGCCAACAAGAUUCUAGGAAAUGUUGGUACGCUCAGUCGAGGAGAUUCUCAAAGAGUUCUAUUUCGUCCAGCUAAUCACAUGAGUGCCGCAGGAUCUUCACAUUUUCAAGAUCACAAAAUGCAGCAGAUGAAAAGGAUCGCACAGUCCACGGCAAGUGACGAAGAUCAAAUCCAUUCAGCUGAUGAUGAGUCAGUAUCAUUUAUAGAUCUUCAGCAUAAUAAUCUUAAACACCCGGAGAAGAAAGGUAUAUUAAAAAAGCAUCCUUACGGAUGGAUGAUGGGAGCGAAUGCAAAGGAGUCAUGGAACGACGGGCCCCAUUCAGAUGGUAUGAUUUCUAGAAGUGAUUCAAAUGUUAACCAGUUGCUAAGUGCUGCAAGUAUGUCGGAAGUGGAACGAACACUGAAAAGUCUCAACGGUUACCAUGAUGACAUCAUUCAAGCUUUAAGAAAUGCCGCAACUCAUAGGAUUUCGUCAACCUCUUCUGGAAGUCAAACUAUAUUAAACGACGAUGUUUUAAGGAGGAGUCUUCAAGAAUGCAUAUCAUCAUCGUAUCCAAACUACAAGCGUUCAAAUAGUCAGGAGAAGAUCUGUGAGCCUCAGAUUGUUGUAGAAGCUGAAGAAGAAGAAGAUGAAGUACCUCCUUGCGGACCGAUACGUAUACGUAAUUUAGAAGACUUAAUACGACAACUGGAGCAUCACUCACGUCAUAUGAGUCCAAGUGGUUCAGAAGACAUACGCAUGUCAGAAACAGAAGCAGAUCGUCAUUAUCGUCAAGAAUCGUCAUCCGCAUGCAGUGAAAGCUCUCAUCAGUCACACAGAGAUAUUAGUGGCAAUAGUCGCUUUAUGUAUGGAAGUAGUAGGUACAAGCAAUCCGCAUCAAGACUUCCUUAUCCUCAUCCACAUCAUCAACCCGCCGAAGAAGAAAGUAUUUACGAAAGUGCAGAUCAUGAUCGAGGGGUGGCUCCAUGUGGAGAUACUCCUGAUAGUGAAAGCGACGACUUUAUUCAAACUCAACAGCAAUUGGCUCGUUGGGCAAGUGAAGAAAUGGUGAUGGUGGACAGAGGGCAAGCUGGUCCUAGCAGUACUCCACCUAGAGAAUACUUUCCUUCUCCUAGCAGCUCAGCCAGUGAAGAACCUUCCAGUAUAGCUCGUGCUCCUGCUCCAGUACCUACGAUCACUUCGUCUUCUCAUCCCCCAGAGCAUGCCACUAUUCACCGGCCAAAGAGUUACCGAGCUGACCUAUAUAAACGACAAAAUUUGCAGACGCUGUACCUGUAUCCUUGCAAUCUACUACAAAAUUUAAAAAAUGAAGACUGGAAUACUAAAUAUAAUUCUUCGCUUCUUUUCUGAACGACCGCGAAAUAGUGUGAAACAUCCUAAACAUGCACAGCGAAUAAAGAAACAAAGAGGUGAUCUCGGAGAGUAUUCAGUCCUUCAUCAUCUCCAGAUUGCUCUAGGGCAUUCUUAAGAGCAUUAGGAACAUCGAUGCAACGACGAGGUUCCAGACAACAAUCAAAAUCACUGACACAACCCUUGCCUUAAGAACCAAUACGUCGGGAUUUUAUUGCUAGCAGAGCAGCAAGUUCUUUAUAGAAAAGCAAAAUUGCUAGUUUUCUUUGAGGACAUGGUCGAUUCAAUGGAAAUAUCCUUGAUAUGGAGUUGGCGGAAACAACAACACGGGCAAUAUUGGAUAUCGUUAAUAAUAGAGAAAUUGUUAUAUUUAAGAAGCAGCUGUUGCGACACGUGCAACAGCAAUCACUGACACAACAGCAUCAGCAACAAGAACAGCAGUCGUACCAAUCAUUACCGUAUCACCAACAGUUGUAACAACAGUAGAGGUGCAUAACCCUCAAUUAUGAUGAGGCUCAAUCUUAAUCCAUUUUUCGCCAA